GCUAGGGUUUCUCCGCUACCCGGUCGCGCCGUCUCCUCCGAACUCCAUCUCCGAGCUCUCGUCUCCGGCGGCAGGAGCAGCGGCGGCGGCGAGAUGGUGAAGGGACGCACGGGGCAGCGCGUGAGGCUCUACGUGCGCGGCACCAUCCUCGGAUACAAGAGGUCGAAGUCGAACCAGUACGAAACCACGUCGCUGGUGCAGAUCGAGGGGGUGAACACCAAGGAGGACGUGGCGUGGUACUGCGGCAAGCGGAUGGCCUACAUCUACAAGGCCAAGACCAAGACCAGCGGCACACACUACCGCUGCAUCUGGGGCAAGGUCACCCGCCCACACGGCAACUCCGGCGUCGUCCGCACCAAGUUCAAGUCCAACCUGCCGCCAGAGUCCAUGGGUCGCAAGGUCAGGGUCUUCAUGUACCCCAGCAGCAUCUAAAGAUAAUUUCAAGGUGUGAAGGAUCGUGCUUAUCUGCUAGAGUUUUUUGAGCUCUGAAAAUCCUUGUAAGGGUCUAUUCAGGUCAAGAUUUAGCAAGUUGAACUGUCUAUUUGAGAAUCCUGUUUAGUUCUCCCUAGUUUUGAUGUUUUGGAAUACUUGAAUCAUUAUAUGGAGCUGGAGUUCGAACCUGAA